GAAAAGGGUCAUUUUCUGAACAAUUAGGUUUCAGGGUUCCUAAACCCGCCGCAAGAAAACACACUUCUCCAUUUUUACCGGCAAAUGAAUUCAAGAACGACGGCGAUGGCGAUGGCGCCGCCGGCGAACAAAGGCACUGCGAACAUCUUCUACAAGACGAGAAUGUGCGCCAGAUUCAGACUCGGCGCCUGUAGAAAUGGAGAAGGCUGCAACUUCGCUCAUGGAAUCGAGGACCUGAGACAACCUCCGUCGAAUUGGCAAGAACUUGUCGGAGCGACAGCGAUCGAAGAACGUGAUCGCGAUCGAGAGCGACACACUUUGUCUGUUGUUGUCGGCGACACGAAUUCUUGGGAUGAGGAUCAAAAGAUCAUCCAGAGAAUGAAGCUUUGUAGGAGUUUUUGUUGUGGAGAGGAGUGCCCAUAUGGAGAUAGAUGCAAUUUUCUUCAUGAGGAUUUGGCUAAGUAUAGGGACGAUUCGUCCAAGUUGAGGGAGAGCUCUGCGAUUAGCAUAAGCAUUGGUAAUGGCGGUUCUGAUGCAUUAGUGGGCAAUGUGUGUUCUUCUGCUAGUCAAAUUGAAGCCCUCAUCCAUGGUGGACCAAUGCUGAUACCAGUUCCGCCUCCCGUUCCAUCGAGCAACGCAAAUUCGAAUUCAAAUUCGAAUUCGAAGACUGUGUAUUGGAAGACGAGAUUGUGUAUGAAGUUUGAGAUGACGGGUCACUGCCCUUUUGGUGAUAAAUGUCACUUUGCUCAUGGUCAAGCAGAGCUUCAUACCACGGUCGGAAGGGUGGAAGGCGAAGUUAGGUAUGCGAGUAAACUACAUACAAUGACGGGUAACAAUGCAUUGGCAGCGAAAGCAACUGCACAAGUGACAGCAGCUUCUUCUUCCAGCCCGAACGAAGAAGCUCGGAGGAAGAAGUGCCUGUUCAAGUGGAGCAAUCCCAAGAAAAUUAACCGAAUCUAUGCUGAUUGGAUCGACGACCUUCCCGUGGGUCAAACUCCAACGAAACCUGUCGAGAACUGAUCCCGUCACAUCGGUCCGUAGCUCUCUCAAAGAUCUUAUUUCAUGUUCUUUUGCCAUUGUCUUUGAACCUGAUGGAUAAUGGUUUGGAAGUCUCCCUCAGAGUGCACAUCGAAUUUUUGAUGAACAAGUUGUAGUUGUUGUUGUUGCUGCAAUGUGAAACUCCGCCGUAAACCAAUCUGAGCGCAAGCCUGAGAGAUACGAAAACGUGAAGAGGAAACUAUCGUCUCAUGGUUUCUCGUACGGUCCUACAUGAUCACGGGAACUCCAUGCUACUGCGUCGCAUUGUGGAAUCGGAUUCAGAAUAACGGGUACAUCGUAGAAAUGCCGAACCAUCAUCCCCGAUAGAGCAACAUAAUAUAGCAAUGACAGUACAGAUUGAAUCAAGUAUAUGUCCACUAUAUGGCCCUGCAUACCAGAGAGAAGAAAGCAUCCCAAGAGGAUAAUGUCACAAAAGCCGGUUUUCAAGGUUGGCGUCGCAACUGUAAUGAAUAGCAGUAAUAUCCUUUUGUCCCCAUGCAGACAACAACAACAAUCCGACCAUCAUGCUUGCCAAUUGGGUGAUGACACAACCACAAAGGGUACCAUUCUGGACAAUGCAUGUCAAAAUGAGUCUAGUUCACCGAUCAACCCAUAUUUUACCGAUUUGGGCUCAAAAAAAUUCGAACCCGAAAAAAACGGUCUUUAGAACCAGUCCGUCAUGAGUCGGAAAAUUUUUGUUUUAUUUCAAAAGGAUAUUUUUUUUAUUUUUUUAUUUGGGUCGCGAGGUAAAGCGAUGUGGAACGAGUUAAGAUUUUUCUGACUCGUUGAUGAUUAUGACGCUCUAUAAAUGGCUGUGUACGGUACAUGACUAUUGGGAUUAGUUGUGACCCUUUGAUAUAACGUCUAUACUUCUAUGGAAUA